AUGUGGCGAGAGUUGCUGUGUCAGAUGUUAAGUGAUGACAUUGCGGUUCUCACCAAGUUCAAGCCAAUGCGGUCAGAAGGGGAAGAAUGCAAUGGACCUUUAUGUGAAACUACUUCAACUGCAGAGUCAGAAGUCCCAAGCAGCUCUGAGGGCCUAAACAGCACUGAGACUACUUUACUCAUCCCUGAACAUCAAGUGAUUGAUAAAAGACAUCAAAGCAAAGAUUCUAUUUUCUUCAGGGAUGGUGUCAGGAGAAUUGAUUUUGUUCUUGCCUAUGUGGAUGAUCUUAAUAAGGAAUGGGAAAAAAAGUUGGAAAGAAGAAAAGAAUUUGAGAGAAAUCUGGAAAAUGCUGGUUUGAAACUAGAAAGAGAAGACAAGAAGGAAUCUGAAGAUGGCAAGAUUUGUUUUGUGAAGAUCCAUGCCACAUGGGAUGUUCUGAUCACAUAUGCAGAAGUGCUGAACAUUAAAGUUCCUAUCAAGGAAAACGACAUUCCCUCAACGGUGGAGAACCCUCUGGACUGUAUGCUUGCACCUCUCAGGCUUCCCGAGAAGGUGAUGCACCCUGAACCAGAUUAUUUCACGGCACCAUUCAGCAGGGACAAGCAGGAGCUGUACCUCAUUAAUGACGAGAGCACUUUCUUCUCACCGUCCAUGAGAAACAGAAUAGUUAAUUACAUUCUUACACGUUGUCCAUAUGGAACAGAAGAAGGGAAGAAAAAAUUUGGGAUUAAGAGACUGCUAAAUAAUGGCACUUACACAGCUGCAUAUCCUCUUCACGAUUGCCAGUACUGGAAAAAGGCAAACGAUCCGAACUGUGAGAAUGAGAGAUACACGCUCUACAUGGAGUGGGCCCGCUUCUUGCGGUUCUACAAAGAACAGCCUUUGGACCUCAUCAGGAAGUACUAUGGUGAGAAGAUUGGAAUCUAUUUUGCCUGGCUAGGAUUUUACACUGAGAUGUUAUUCCUUGCAGCAGUUGUUGGCUUAAUCUGUUUUCUUUACGGCUUGUUUACAAUGGAUGAAAAUAUGAGCAGCAAAGAAAUCUGUGACCCUGCAAUCGGAGGAGAGAUCAUCAUGUGCCCUCUUUGUGACCAAGACUGCGAGUACUGGCGACUAAACACCACCUGUGAGUCCUCACAGUAUUCCCAUUUGUUUGACAACGUGGCAACUCUUUUUUUUGCCAUUUUCAUGGGCAUAUGGGUUACGCUUUUCUUGGAGUUUUGGAAGAGACGGCAAGCUAGACUGAAAUAUGAGUGGGAUUUGGUUGAUUUUGAAGAGGAACAACAACAGCUCCAGCUGAGGCCUGAGUACGAGGCCAAAUGUACCCAUAAGAAGAAGAAUCCUGUAACGCAGGAGAUGGAGCCUUAUUUGCCUAUAACUAGCCAGGCUGUGCGGUUCUGCAUCUCAGGAACUACAGUGUUGUUCUGGAUUCCCAGAACUCAUAUGGAGUAUGAGAACAGGCUCACUAUGAAAAUGUUUCUGUUCCAGUUUGUCAACUACUAUUCAUCCUGCUUCUAUGUGGCCUUCUUCAAAGGGAAGUUUGUUGGUUACCCCGGUGCCUACACGUACAUGUUUAAUCGCUGGCGAAAUGAAGAGUGCGAUCCUGCAGGCUGUUUGAUAGAAUUGACGACCCAGCUCACCAUAGUCAUGGCUGGCAAACAGAUCUGGGGAAAUAUCCAAGAGGCCAUCGUACCCUGGAUUUGUAACUGGUGGGGACGCCGGAAAGCCAGAAAUAAUCCAGAAAAUUUAUACAGUCGCUGGGAGCAAGACCAUGAUCUGCAGACGUUUGGAGCCUUAGGCCUAUUCUAUGAAUAUCUAGAAAUGGUGAUUCAGUUUGGAUUCAUUACUCUGUUUGUGGCGUCCUUUCCCCUUGCUCCUCUUCUUGCUCUGAUGAAUAAUAUCCUGGAGAUUCGAGUAGACUCCUGGAAAUUAACCACUCAGUACAGGAGACCUGUGGCUGCGAAAGCACACAGCAUAGGAGUUUGGCAAGAAAUCCUGAACGGAAUGGCCAUCUUGUCUGUUGUCACUAAUGCUUUUAUUGUUGCAUUCACAUCAGAUAUGAUUCCUCGUUUAGUUUACUACUAUACUGCUUCUGAAAAUGAAGACUCGCCUAUGUCUGGAUACAUAAACAAUAGUCUGUCAGUGUUCCAAAUUUCAGAUUUUCCUGACAGAAACAAGCCUAAAUUGAAUCCAGAAAACUUUGUCAUAUGCAGGUACAGAGACUAUCGAUACCCUCCGGAUCAUGAGAAGAAAUAUUUACACAGUAUGCAGUUCUGGCACAUUCUUGCUGCAAAACUGGCCUUCAUAAUUAUUAUGGAGCAUGUUGUAUUUAUCGUCAAGUUCUUUGUAGCAUGGAUGAUUCCUGAUGUCCCUGCAGACGUGAAAGCCAAAAUAAAACGUGAAAAAUAUUUAACGCAGAAAAUCCUGUAUGAGUAUGAAUUUGAAAAACUGAAGGAGAGACUGUGUCAAGGUGGUAAGCAGGCCACGGAAGAGGAGUUCAUCACCACAGAAGGGAGAAUGGAGUUAUCCAGAGCAAUGUAGUUGAAAAGACAACUGUUUGGGAUUUAGCUCGUUUUAGCUUUUUUAUCUGUGAUUUGCUCAGGAUGCGUGAUCUUGAAAGCUAUAGGACAGGUUCAACCCUUUGCUUUCAGUCCAAAGAUUUUAGACUUUUCUUUAAAAGUCUUACUGAGCAUUCUAAGUUUAGUAAAUCUACUUAACUAUGACUUCAGUACUGUUUUCUAUUUACCCAUCACUUUGAAUAAUAAGUGUAAUCUUGGAUGAAUUUGGAUUCCCAGUAUAGGGAAUGUUACCCUCAAAGGGCUCACAGGAUAUAAGGUCAUUGCAACCAAGGCCUCCCCCUGUUGCAGAAUGCAAAUUCCAGGCUUUAUCCCAGGUGAAUGAAAAGGGUAUCAUAGAGAACUCCUGCUGUGGAAAAUGCUGAGAAUUAUUAUUUUCAUGACAUGAUAAUUUAAGCAGGAGAACACUCCUGAUACAAGGGUUAGGGGCUGGGGCUUUUUUUUUUUUGUAUUCGCUGUGUCUUAUGAAACAUUUGUUUGCAGCUUUGAAAUUCUAUACACUUUUUUAGAAGAACUUGAUUUUUAAAGAUUUAUUGGCUUAAUUCCACUUGGAAUUAUUUAUAGGCAAAGAAUUCAGUUAAUACAUACUAAUGAAGGAAAAGAAACCCAUAACGUACUUUCAUAAAGAUGAUAUCUGCCAAAGAGUUUGCUCUUUAAGUGCAAGUAUUGUGGAAUCAUCUAAUUACAGUGUUUUUUGAAAAGAUUUAUACAUUUUGGAGAAGUACAGCUAAUUUAUUGCUCAAUCUCAAAAACUGCCAUUGGAAGAUUAUGCUUGAUACUAGUUUUGGCCAAAUCUGCUCCUUUGUGUGGGUUCUUUGUUUGGGUUCUCUGUGAAUGCCAGUGAAGGGCUGGUGUCUGUACUCGAUGUGUACUGUGGAGUAGUACAGUGCAGUGGGUGGGGAGCUGGACCACCACACUAAUUGAUCUACCUGGAUGGUUUGUACAUGGAUUUUAAGCAUGCUAAGUAAUCUGUGUUUACAUUUUUAUUGUCCAUAUACAUAGGAGCCUGGGGGGGUUGGGUUUGGUUUGUCUUUUUUUAAUCUUCAAGAAGAAUUUUUUUUUCUGUGUUGUCAUGGGGCUUUUCUACAAAGUUAUCGAGUUUAUGAAUAUAUGAUAACUACUUAUGCAAAGUAGCUACCAGUUGUUUAUGAAUGUGUCCUCAUUUUAUGAUUUGAAGCAGUUAGGCAUUUUUAUCAUUUUGCUCUGUAUUUAAAACAUAUCAACACUUCCAUGCUUAGUGCCUUGUUUGUUUGCAUUUGGCAAAAGAUGUGAAAAUGAUUACUGUGGGGAAAUGAGUGUUUCCGAGGUGUGCUUGCAGGCAGCAUGAUACUGUGAACCUGCACACGGAGCUGUACAGUGUUAGCCAAACCAUGCCUGCCUUGGCACACUUCUGUUGUAGUUCUGUGCAAACUGCUCACAGAGCAGUUCAUACCUAGACUGCUUUGAUAAAGUAGCAGCAGAUUGUUGAGUUCUCUCAUGCUGAAGUGCACUGGCUAGAGAGAUUCAAAAUUUUACUGUAUUUGCACUUUGAAAGUUAUACUUCCUUGGAAGUAUACACAAAAUUUAGAUUUGUAUUCCAUAACAGCCAAAUGAUGUACUGUUUACUAGCUCCAUGACUUAAGGCUGCCAUAUUUUGUUUUAGCAGACCUAGCCUAUGUCUUGGAAUAAUACUUGGCUAGUAACCUUAAUGUUGUAUCAGAGUUUUAAAUCAGUAUCUUGAGUGGAACCGUCAUUGUUAGCUAAAGUGUUAACAUUGAAGUGCCUACCUCGAACAAACAUCACAUGGUUUGGCUGCCAGUCAAGGAGUUGAAGCAGAUGUACAUUUCUCGUUACUGUAAGUUAUUCAGCUUCAUUCUGUGAGUUUGGUUGAUAAAUCAAGCACGUUGGCAGUUCAUGUUCAGGACGAACUGACCGUGGUCUUGACUAUUCAGAUAUAUUUGAAGUAAUGGAUUUAUUGGAGGAAUGCAUGUGUAAAUAAAUUAACUCCGCUGCUUAAUGUAUAAGCCAAAGAAGAGUAUCAGUCACUGUAAUUAUAUAUGUGCCACCACAAUUCACACAGUGCAAGCACUUUGUGGCUUCUUACCUAUAUACCGUUAACUAAACUGCUUAAUAUAGAUUUCAUGGUUUUGUUACUGUUAGCAGUGGAAACAAUUGCUUCAAGCAGUAGGGUGAUGAGAUGCACAACAAUAUUUCUAUGCAAAACGUACGAUCUGAUUGAAGCUGAAAACAAAUUUGAAAACCAAUGCACUGUUCCUGCUUACGGAACAUUCAUUUGUUCAGGUCCUGUAAUAAAUAAAGUGUCCUAAUAUGCUACACUUGAAAAGAUGUCAGCAAAAUAGAUGUAUUGUGAAUGAAUAACGCUGUCUAAAAUGCAAGAUGGAGGAAACAAGGAAAUACCCUUGUUCGUGAUGCAGCGCUGAUAAGCAGAAGCCCCGCGUGCAGACCCUGAAUCUGAAUUGAUGUUUUGACCCUUAUUUCUUGCUUCUUUCAGACUUACUUUUUCAGAUCACUUCUUCUUUAGUGCUACACAAACAGAUGUUUUGCAUAUGUUGUAUCAUACAAUAGAAAGUGGAAAAAAUGUGGUAUCAGCUUAUUUAAAAAGAAAUAUCUAUCUCUUAAUAUAUCAUUAACACUUCAUAGCAUUACUUCUUCAUAUAUAGAAACUGUUGAAAAUGUGUUGUCAUAUUAAGAGCUAAUGCCACAUAACAAAAUAAGUCUUAACACUUCUUUUAUGUAAGUUUGCCUUGUCAUUAAGCAGUAUAUUGACAAAAGAUUAUUAUUAAAGUUAGAAUUAUAAUGGUUCACGUACAUACAUAUUUCCUGAAGUGUUCUUGAAAAGUGACAAAAAUAGGAAAAAUGGGCUGGUCAGUUUGAGAAUGCGCUUAUUCUUACUGUUGGAAUACUUGAUUUUGAUGUGUUUAAUAUAAGUAUCUAAAAGUGUCCUUUAACCAAAACGAAGAUAGUUCUGUUUUGGAACUACUGUAAUUUAAGCAACAGUAGAUUGCUUUAUUGGAAUUAAAAAGAAAAUGGGCCUUUCAAGUGUAAUAAAAUCAGGGAAUUUUUUUUUUCCAGUUAAAAUUUAGUAUUUUUACCUUGGAAAGAUUGUGUGGUAUGUCCUAAGCAAAUGACUGCAAAAUAAGAGUGCUACUAUAAGACACUAUACUGUUUUUUCUAGAACAUUUUGUUAUUAUGCUUUUACUUUUUUAUGUAAUACUAUCAGUUUGAGACAGCAGAACAGAGUGAAAAUAGAUGGACUUUCCUACUGUUCUUUGUGUACUGCUUGUUUUGACUUGUACUGUCACGUAAUCUUGAGUGGUGUUCUUUGUCUGUUACGUAUGUUGCUAAUAUAUAUGAUACACUAAUGUUGGAAUAAAUUUUUUAAACAUUGCAUUCAGCUAACUUAUGUAUAUACAUUUACUUAGAGUUAAAUCUGGCAAAUAAA